AAAGGGGUAUCAAAUUACUAACUGAGAACAAGAAGCAAUGAAUAAAAAACUCUGAUUCUGUUCGCUUCUCUCUCUCUCCACCCUCUUUCUCUCUUUCUAUGGACUGAACCACUGCUUUCCAAUUAACUUUUCUCGCCGACCACCGACUGAAUUAGAUCUCCGGCCACAAAAUCUACAUCUCCGAUUACUCCCGUCAGCGAGAAUAGCGUUUGAAGGCGGACUGAUGGCGAAGCGGAAACACUGUAAAAUCUGAUUUUUUUUUUUGUUCCUUUUUUUGCUGCAAUUUGUUGAAAUAAGAAUCGGUAGAGUUUUAGGGUAGGCGAGAAUAAGAAAAAAAAAAUUGUGCUUUUUUCUUUAUUUUUUCCGAAAAUGGAUAAUAAAGAGGGGGAAGGUUCAUCUUCUCACCAAAUUUACCCAGCUGACGGCGUUUAUGCUCCGGCGACACCAGCAAAGCCAAGCCGAUCGGAAAACACGAUCUCAAAAGACUGGCUACAAACUCCGUUUGAUGAAGCGUUGUUUGAAGAUUCACAAGCGAACAAGAAUUUCAGCUGCUGGGAGAAUAAUCUGGGUCAAAAUUUCGAGAUCAAUGGUGGAAUUUGUGAUAAUGGUAAUAAUAUUAGGUUUUCCAUUGAUGACGUGGAACCAUGGCAUAGUAUUCCUUGUAUAGAUCUACUUGCGCUCGCAGAUGCCAAUGGAUCGGCAAAGCUUCAUAAUUUCUUAUCCGAUCUAAACGCGCCACCACCGGAAACCGUCGUAACAGAACCGGUGGCGGAGGUGAUUAUCGCACAAUCACAGGAAGCUGAAAUUUCAACAAUUGUGGAAUCGAAUCAAGAAAAGGGAUUGAGUGAACAAAUCAAUUUGAAUGAAACGCCACAACAACCGAAGCAACGAAGGAGAAAGCACAGACCGAAGGUGAUAAAAGAGCGUAAGCCCAGAAGUGCAAAAAAGCCCGCUACUCCAAAGCCCGAUGGUUCUUCAACCGGAAAGAGAAAAUACGUCAGGAGAAAACCACUUGAAAAAUCGACACCAAAAUCAACACCAACAAAAACAAAAACAAAAACACCUGUUGUUGAGGGAAUCAUAGAUCUGACCAAAGAUGAAGAAGAAGAAAAAACUGAAAAAUCAUGUAAAAGAAAAAUCAACUUUGAUGAGGUUGAUCUAACGGUUGAGAAAACAUGUUCUACAAGCACUAUCCCUAUCACCCCAAGUAAAACUGAAACCCAACAGGGGAGAUCAAGAUCCAUUAACGAUGUCAAUGGCAAUGGGAAUCAAAGUUACAAAACAGCAAAAUGUAGGAUAAAUUUCUUGCAAGAAACUCAUGAGAAAGGAGUGAUUACUAAUGUAUCAAGUCCGAAUGAAUCAAACUGCAGCACAAGUGCACAGGGAUCAAAGCAACAGAUUGAAAAUGGAAAUGGAAUUGGAGUGUCGCCUUUUCCUGAUUCUUUGGAGGCAUAUCUAUCAGUGUACACAGACUAUAACAAUAACAGUAGCAAUAACAAUAACAAACCAGAGAGCUUACCUGUGAUUCACAAGAAAAAGAGAAUCAGAAAGCGUAAGACUUCCAUGAUAUCUGUGUGGGAAAAUGGUAUAAAAGUAAGUUAUGAUCAGCAAUCUUACAGAUACAUGCAAGCAUCGACUGGAUUUAAAGGAGAAGCAAUAUAUGAAGCAGAAAUCCAAGUGAGUAAAGCAACCAAGAAACGUGCAAAGAAAACAACAACCACUAUGGUGGUGGCUUCUUCGUAUCAAGACCAAAUAAGCUUCACAAACAACUUAGGGUGUCAACCAAAUUUAAGAUGGAAUUUUGAUGAACUUGUUAAGCAAUUUGAGCGGAUGGAUAUUAAUGGAUUGAUGGAGGAAAAGAACAGGGUGGCGAUUGUUCCUUACUUGUCAAGAAACAAUGAAAAGAAUGUGGAUGUGAAUGUGAAUGUGAACGCUAUUGUUCCUUUUGAAGGACAUGGGAGUGUAGUUCCAUAUGAUGGGUUGUUUAAUCCGAUUAGAAGAAGAAAGCCAAGGCCUAAAGUUGACCUUGAUGAUGAAACGAGUAGAGUUUGGAGGCUAUUAUUGGAAGAUAUAAAUAGUCAAGGAAUCAAUGGAACAGAUGAGGAUAAAGCAAAGUGGUGGGAAGAAGAACGAAGAGUGUUUAGUGGAAGAGCAGAUUCGUUCAUAGCUCGCAUGCAUCUUGUCCAAGGGGACAGACGAUUCUCUCGGUGGAAAGGAUCUGUUUUGGAUUCUGUGAUUGGGGUUUUUCUUACACAGAAUGUAUCAGAUCAUUUAUCAAGUUCGGCAUUUAUGUCUCUUGUAUCACGAUACCCCUCAAAGUCAAAAAGCAGCAGUGAACCUCUUCAUGAAGAGAAUUCAGUUGUGUCUGUUGAAGAGCCUUUAGAUGAAGAAGAAACCAUGAUGUUGAAGGAUAAUGAAAAAAGAGAAGUUGUAUACAGCAAUGAAGUUUCUAAAAAUGUCGCGUAUACAGUUGACUUUAAUGAAAAUUCAGAAUGUGGAGUUGAAGAUAUAAUUUCCUCACAGAAUUCUACAGAUACAUCUCCAAGCUCUGUGCAAUCAUCAAUUGCUCAUAGUCAAAGUCAAAGUCAAACCACUGAAGAACAACAAAAGAGCAGGUGUCAAGCUACUGAAGAGCACCAAAAGGACAGGUGUCAAGCUACUGGUCUUAAUGAAUACACUUCUUUCGUUGAGUUACUUCACAUGCAAGGAUCCAGCACAUCACCUUGUUGCAACGGUUCCGAAAAUACCCUUUUGCCUAAGGAGUGUGGAAGUGAAGAAAGUGGAUUAUCUGCAGAAUCUGCGAGUCAGGCUAGGGGUAAAACGGUCGAAACAAUAAGUUCCCAAGAAUCCCACAAAACCAAUGAGGUGCGACAAGUGUUUGAUAAGGUGGUUGAAUUUAAUUCAGGUGGGAGUAGUCAAACAGUUGAUAAGGGUAGAUCUGUAAUUGAUAAAGUGAGAGCUGGAAAGAAACAGGUUAAAGUUGAGUGGGAUAAAUUAAGAUUGCAAGCUGAAGUCAAAGAAAAGAAAGAGAGAACUCCUUACACAAUGGAUUCAUUGGACUAUGAGGCAUUAAUGAAUGCAGAUGUUAGUGAUAUUGCUGAUGCCAUAAAAGAAAGGGGUAUGAACAAUGUACUUGCAACAAGAAUUAAGGCCUUGCUUGACCGGAUUGUACAAGACCAUGGAAGUGUUGACCUUGAAUGGUUAAGAGAUGUUCCCCCUGAUAAAGCAAAGGAGUAUUUGUUAAGCUUUAGAGGAUUGGGAUUGAAAAGUGUAGAGUGUGUUCGACUUCUAACACUUCACCAUCUUGCCUUCCCUGUUGACACAAAUGUGGGGCGUAUAGCUGUAAGACUCGGGUGGGUACCCCUGCAACCACUUCCCGAGUCUCUUCAGUUGCAUCUUUUAGAAUUGUAUCCAGUUUUGGAGACGAUUCAGCAGUACCUAUGGCCACGACUAUGCAAGCUUGACCAGAAAACUUUGUAUGAAUUACAUUAUCAAAUGAUUACAUUUGGAAAGGUUUUCUGUACAAAGAGCAAACCUAAUUGCAAUGCAUGUCCAAUGAGAGGAGAAUGUAGACAUUUUGCAAGUGCAUUCGCAAGUGCAAGGCUAGGGUUACCAGCACCAGAGGGGAGUGUAGCAAGUAUAACAGAAAACAAAACUGGUCAAAAACUAAUUGGAAUGUCAGAUCAACCUAAUGAACAACUACAACAGCUAUCUGAACUCCAAAAUUGCAAUCAACCUAAUGAAGAACAUCAAAAACUAUCUGAAGUCCAAAAUUGUAACCCUGUUGUUGAAGAAUCAUCAACACCAGGGACAAUAAUUGAAGCACCAUCAACAUCAGGGCCUAUAGUGGAGGUGCCAUUAUCACCAGAGCCUAUAAUUGAGGUUCCCACAACACCAGAGCCAGAACAGAUACAACAAGAACUUGAUAUAGAGGAUUUUUGUGAAGAAGAUGGUGAAGAAAUUCCUAUGAUUAAACUAAACAUGGAAGAGUUUACUCAGAAUUUGCAGACUUACAUGGAAAGACACAUGGAACUUGGAGAAGGUGACCUGUCAAAAGCACUAGUUGCCUUAACAUCAGAAGCUGCAGCAAUCCCUGUACCUAAGCUUAAAAAUGUCAGCCAACUAAGAACAGAACACCAAGUAUAUGAACUUCCAGAUUCACAUCCUCUUUUGGAAGGGCUGGAUACACGAGAGCCUGAUGAUCCUUGCUCAUACCUUCUUGCAAUUUGGACACCUGGUGAAACUGCAGAUUCGAUUCAACCGCCAGCGGGACAAUGUUCCUCCCAAGAAUCUGGGACAUUAUGCAAUGAAGAAACAUGUUUUUUCUGCAACAGCACACGAGAAGCAAAUAACCAAACUGUUAGAGGGACACUAUUGAUACCAUGUAGAACUGCAAUGAGAGGGAGCUUUCCACUCAAUGGGACAUAUUUUCAAGUCAAUGAGGUGUUUGCAGACCAUGACUCAAGUCUUAAUCCAAUUGAUGUCCCGAGAUCUUGGUUAUGGAAUUUACCAAGAAGAACAGUGUACUUUGGUACUUCUAUACCAACAAUAUUCAAAGGCCUUACAACAGAAGAUAUUCAAUACUGCUUCUGGAGAGGAUUUGUUUGUGUGAGAGGAUUUGACCAGAAGACACGGGCCCCACGCCCACUUAUGGCCAGGCUACACUUUCCAGCUAGCAAGAGAGCAAAGACCAAGACUGAUGCAAAUGCAAAUGCAAAUUAGAGUUAGAGAUAUAAAUGGCGUGUAUAAAGAGCAACAGCAGACAUAUAGCUUUGGUGAAAAGACAAUGUCUGCUGUUGAUGGCCAGAGUGGCUUGAUUCAUAGCUUAGGAUUUCAUAGAGACAGCAGUUAAUUUGUAUUAACCCAAAGAUAAAUUGUGAUAUUGUAUUGUUUUAGCUUUGUUCUAGAGAUAUUAAGAGUUUUUACUCUGAA